AUGACCGCACCGCACACGUGCACGCGUAAAGUAGUGAGACAGCGCCUAACCCUUCGCGUCGCCCCACGCACCAACGUCACGUCUCCCCUCCUCUCCACCGCCCUCCUCCUCCGCGUCUGCCAGAACACCCGCGCGCACCCCAUGCAACAGCACCGUUCUCUGACCACAGCCGCAAAGCGAUACCUCGCGACAACCACAAGCGCACGCAAGAUGCCACCAAAGAAGAUCCUCUGCAUCGCCGAGAAGCCAUCGAUUGCAAAGGCUGUGUCGCAGCAUAUGAGUGGUGGUGGCCGGACGAAUGUAAGAACCACCCAAAACAAGUACAUCAAGAACUACGACUUUACGUACGGCUUCGCGCAGCCAUGGGGCGAGUGCGCGGUCACCAUGACCUCGGUGCUGGGCCACACGGUCGAGUGGGAUUUCGAAGACACGCAUCGCAAGUGGAGCUCGUGCGCGCCGGGGUCGCUGUUUGAAGCCCGCACGGUGCAAGUCAUUGGCGAAAAAACUAAAGACGUAGCCGCCAACAUCACUCGCGAAGCCCGCAACGCAUCAAUGCUCUUCAUCUGGACCGACUGCGACCGUGAAGGCGAAUACAUUGGCACCGAAGUGCGCGACAUCGCGCUCAAGGCCAACCCACGGAUCGUGGUCAAGCGUGCGCGCUUCUCGAAUAUCGAGCGCGCGCACAUCCUACAGGCGGCGCAGAACCCCAUAGACCUAGAUGAGAGACAGGCGGCGGCAGUGUCGGCGAGGAUAGAGCUGGAUUUGAGGAUUGGCGCGGCGUUCACGAGGUGGCAGACGGCGGCGUUGAAGGCCAUUUUGGGGGGUGACCAGAUUGUGAGCUAUGGGUCUUGUCAGUUCCCGACGCUGGGGUUCGUGGUGGAUCGGUAUCACAAGGUCAAGAACUUUGUUGUGGAGCCUUUCUGGAGAAUCGAGGUUAUGCAUAAGAGGGAUGAUAUCCAUGUCACCUUUAACUGGAACCGGAACCGGCUGUUUGAUAGGAUGAGCACGGUCAUCAUCUUUGAGCGGUGUCUGCUGGCAAAGUAUGCCACCGUCAUAGACACAGUCAGAAAGCCCGCUCGGAAAUGGAAGCCGCUUCCGUUGACGACGGUGGAGCUGCAGAAGCAGGGGAGUAGGCUGUUGGGCCUUUCGUCGCAGCUUGUGAUGACGAUAGCUGAGAAGCUUUAUAUAUCGGGGUUCAUCAGUUAUCCUAGAACAGAGACGGACCAGUUCGAUAAAGCAAUUGACCUGCGUGCGCUUGUGGAGAAACAGACACAGAGUGAGAGCUGGGGGCAGUUUGCUCAAGGCCUCAUGAACGGCGGUUUCUCCCAACCCCGCAUGGGCAAAAAUAACGACAAAGCCCACCCCCCCAUCCACCCCGUCGUCUUCGUCGCACCCUCGGCCCUCGCCACAGCCGACGAGCGCAGAGUCUACGAACUCAUCACCCGCCGCUUCCUCGCCUGCUGCUCCGAGGACGCAAUCGGCGAAACCACAACCGUAAACAUCAAAUACGGCGACGAGCAAUUCCACGCCUCGGGCCUUGUUGUGCGCGAGCGCAACUACCUCGACGUCUACAUAUACGACAAGUGGGUCUCCUCGCAGAUGCUCCCCGAGUUCAGGGACGGAGAGAGGUUCAUCCCGACAGAGGCGAACAUAACGGAGGGGAAGACGAGCCCGCCGGGGUAUUUGACGGAGCCGGAGUUGAUUGCGCUCAUGGAUGCGAAUGGCAUUGGCACGGAUGCGACCAUGGCGGACCAUAUUUCGCGGAUCACGGAGAGGAUGUACGUUUUCGCGCAGCCCAAGGCCCGCGGCGCCGGCGCCGGCGACGCAGAAGAGGAGAUGGACAGCGAACCUGCCGCCGCCGCCGCCGGAAGAGGGGGAGGCCGCGGCCGCGGUAGAGGAGGCGCAGCGAGAGGCGGAAGGGGCGGCGCAGCGGCAGGCGGCGGAAGAGGCGGGAUGCUAGAGUUCAUACCCAGCAAUCUCGGCAUCGCGCUGGUCGAGGGCUACGACAAGAUCGGGUUCGACAACAGCCUCAGCAAGCCGUUCCUGCGCAAGGAGAUGGAGGAGAAGAUGAAGCGCAUCUGCGAGGGCACCAUGACGCGCGGGGACGUGGUGCACAGCAGUCUGGAGCAGUAUCGGGAUAUGUUUAUCAAGGCGAGCAGGCAGGUUGGGGUGUUGCAGGAGAGCGCGAGGAAGUAUUUGGGGCCCUAG